UCCGUUGCGCACCGUCGCGUAGUACACACGUAUCGUUAUUCGUCCUGCGCCCACAAUUACUACAGAACAGUGCACCAAUUGUGAUCACAAAAAACCCCUGUGCUCAGUGAACCCAAGCUGUGUUAUUGUGUACGACGCGUAAACACCAAACAUUACUUACCGUACAAUGGACACAUCACGCGUGUGUAGUGUAGUGUAGUGUAGUGCGAUGCCGUCAGACAGCGGCAGCGCGUGGUCGCCGCCGGCGUCCACCGAGCGGCGGCUGAGCAACUCCAGCGAUGGCAGCGCUGGCAGUGGAUAUUCUAAAGCUACGUCAGACAGCGCAGACUUCCUCACAACCAGGCCGCACACGGCCGCCGUGCUGCCCGGCAAGCCAGCAGCCAACCCGCUACAGUUCGUGCGCGUGGGCCCCGCGGACCUUGGCUCGAAGGCAAGGGAACAGCUGCGAAGGGCGGAGCUAGCAAAACGGACAGAGCCGGCACGGAUCGAGCGCCAGGAGGACUGGCAGUCGAACCUAGACAAUUGGAAGUCAUCCCGUCGGAAGCGCGUUGAGCACAUAAUAGAGCGCUGCGUGGAGGUGAAGCGGCUUGGAGACGAGACCAACCAACCUCGCGGGAAGUCCAAGACCUUCAACGAAAUGCUGGAGGAGAGAGCUGGCCGUAGACGGCGAAACCCGCUCGCGUUAUACCCUGAGGACGAUGCCCACGAUCUGAGUGAUCUCGGGAUCGGCACCUCCAGCACUAAGAGCAGCCUCAGUGAGGACUGUGAUACGCACAGCUUAGCUAGUGACGGAAUGGACCUUGAUAAGAACCAUUCGGAUAUGGACAAUAUGUCUAAUUAUGACAGCAACCGCAAAAUGGGUUCAAGUGCCAACGAAUACGAUACUUGCACGACCACGACCAUAAGCUCCCCCGAGCCAGAAGAGUACACUUACGAAGGUGCAAUAGAAGGAUACAAGUCCAGAAUCAUUUCGACCACUAACAGCAACAUUGUCAAAACGGUGGUUAAUAACAGCAUGGAAAAGUCGCCUGACAAAUCAAACGGUGACAUACAUAAAAUAAGAACAUCUGUCAGUAACAAAAUAGAAGAGAAACUUUCCUCCUUCCAACAGCAGAGAGCGAAUGAUUUAAAGAAUAAUAAUCCAAAGAAAGACUUGCCUAAAGUAGACAUACACAAGCGAAGAGAACAAUUCGAACGCGAGAAUUCGCAAGAAUUACAAAUAAAUAAAACAAAAUUACCUGAUAUUGCCAAUAAAAAAUCGAUCAAAGAAAGACUGUAUAGCUUAGAAAAAUUCACUGAAGAAAGUCACAUACAAAAGUCUGCAAGCGAUCUUACAAAAUUACCGACAGAAGUAAAGCCAUUAAAAGAACGCUUAUCUUGUUUGGAAAAAGUUAAAACAACUGAGCCUGAGAAGGUUAAAAGACUUUCCAACGGAGAUCUGAGUAACACGAAAUCUUUAAAAGAACGUCUUUCCAGUCUCAAAUCACAAAACGCAGAAGAAGAAGUGAAGGUAACAAAAACAGAGGUCAAAGAGGUUUCCAUGAGUCUAAAAGAACGCCUCUCAUGUCUCGAUGCAGCAAAGAACAAAGAAAUACCCAGAAUAUUAGUCGAAGAAGAAAUAAACAACACUUUGAACGCAGCUAAUGUUCCCGAAGACAAUAUUAAAAAUAAGGUAUCGGAUAGCUCACUUAAAACUAAUCUGUCUGGCUUAGAAAGUCAAAUGCAAAGCUUUUGUCGUUCGCUAGACAGCUUAGAUAGAAACGAUCAAGCUUCCCCGAGUUCAUUCGAAAGGGUGCAGAGUUUGGAAGAUUUCGAUUGUGUUGAGAUGCAGAACAAUACUAUUCCAAGUGACAUUGAAACAGAAGACAGCGGCAUACACACAGCCCGCGACUCUUGUGCGCCCGCAGACGACAUCGCCGAUCUCACUCAAGUAGCUUCUCCCAUCGGAGAACCUAUGGUUGAAGUUUCCGAAUACGAAUCCUCAAAUGAAGACGGUCUAACAUUAGAACCGAAAGUCGAGGAGCCCGCGGAAAAUACUACAGAAUUUGAGUGUAACAAAGAUUUGUUUAUCGACGAAGUUUGCGAUCAAGAUAACAAGACUGAAGACACAGACAGUGCGAGCAACUAUACACAAGCGCUGUCGCAUCCCGAGGAGCUGAGCGUAACUGAGGACGUGACUGAAAUACAAGUAGACAAGGAAGAUGAAGACACGUUAAAAAGCUUAGAUAAUCAAGAUUCCAGUGUAAGUCUCAAUGAGCCGGUCUCAAACGCGUCGGACGGCGACGCGGUGGUGUUUGAGGGCAAAAUGACUAUUCAGCUAAACUUGAAUGAACUAUGCAACAACUUAAACUCUGGUGCUGGGACCAACUCUAGCGAGUCUAACGCAAACGACACUAACAGCAACAAUUCUACUAACAAAAGCAUGCCAAUGGUCAUUGACGCUUUAGAACUGGCGUUCAAAGAGCUCGAUUCGGAAGAAAGUGUAGAAAUUACAAUGAACGACGAUGGCAAAUUGGAUGAAAGUAAAACGGAGGCAGCUAAAGAUGACUUCGAGUUUAAUAACAAAGUGUCUGUGACGCCUUUGUAUGAGAACAUUGAUAUAUUUGGGCAGAACAAUGUAGUAGGAGAGAUAGAUGCAGGAGCAUUUCCGUUAGAUUUGCCGACGAAUGUUCUGGAACCUCCGAAAGAGAAGCCACCGCCGCCACCCGCUGAAGACAGCCCUGAAGAUGAAUUGCUGGGAAAUGGUAACUUCAAGCACACGAACUCAGCGCGCCGCAUCAAAAAAGAAAUACGCAACAAGCGGACAAGUUUCCUUGGCAUCGAGGGGCAGGACGACAGCUAUCUAGAUGUCGACUUAACACUAGCUCCACGACCUGACAUUACCUCCUUUUUACAAGAGGAAACUAAGAUCGAAAAACUGCUGUAUAAGAAAACAUUGUCCCAUGAUAUGGACGCUAAGUUGAGAGAUAGCAGGGAUUCUGGUGUUGAUAUAGAUAGAGGGCCGUCUGCUGAAGCCUGGUAUAAGGGAUCUUCUCCGGAGACUUCUGCUCCUCAUAGCAGACAGAAUAGCGAGCCAUACACCCAAAUAACUGUAACAUCAGACGAAGAGGAAUCGACAAGAAAUAAGGAACAAACAUUCGCAAAAGAUCUAUCGAACAAGCUCAGUGAUUUGCCAAAUGUAGAUCCAAAAAUAGAUCAUUUGGACAAAAAGUUACAGCAACAACAGACCGCUCGCAUUAACGACGAUUGGCCAGACGGGCACUUUGACGAUGCUCACACAAAGGAAGUACUGCGUUUCGAAAGAGAGCUCCUGCAGCUCGAACAGGAAGAACUAAGGAGACAAAAGGAGAAUUUAUUGCGUGACCAACACAGAAUAAUCCAGAAAUCGAUCCAAGACAUUUCAGUAGCGAGUACACCAGAAAAGGUGCAAAGAUCGAAAGGAAUUCAGAACUACAGGCAUUCAAUGCCUAAUUUACUGCUAGCAGAACAUAGUCCAUUACAUAAGCCUCCACCACCGUUGUUGGAAAAGCCGAUUAUAGACGAGAGCUUAAAGCGUAAGCCGUUUGUGUCUGAAGAACAUAUAGAGAGUCACUUUGGUGUUGAGGAAAGUAGGAAAGUGCUGUAUGAUGAUAAGAAGUAUGAGAGACGACAUGUUCCAAACGUGCGACCAGCUCAGCCUGUGCUGCCGCCGAAACCGAAAAGCCGGGAGUCGAUAGAACGGGAAAUUACUAUGAGGAGCAGCAGAACACCGUCCGCAGUGGAGUAUGCCAAUAUCGAUAGAAAUGGAGUCCAGUUGAGACAGAAGCCCAUGAACAAUGCUAAUGGACAGUACCAUCCGAUGACCAGGCAUACUUUACAGGCAUUAAGUGCAGCUCCAACACCAAAACUGAUGUCAAACAGCGAGUGGCUACAAACACGCAACCCGCCGCGGCAGAAACCAGCUAAUUAUAACUAUAACCAACAUUGGCUUGUUCAGGAAGCAGAGCACCGCAGGAUCGAAGAGCAGAAGAACAAGAUGCGCGCGCGACACUCGUACCACGAGCCGGCUUUGCCCGCCUCGCCCGUACAUGCUCCUUUUAAAAACAGCCCGCACCCCGUACAAGAACGACGCGUUCGUCCGGAACCUCGCGACAGGAGUGACUCGCGGGAGGACAAGUUACUUAGCGUGAGCGGACGGAGGAAGUGCUCACACUGUGGGGAGGAAUUAGGUCGCGGCGCAGCCAUGAUAAUCGAAUCCCUGUCCCUCUGCUAUCACGUGUGGUGUUUUACUUGUGCCGUGUGUGGGGGGGCGCUCGGGGAUGGAAGGGCGGGGGCUGAUGUGCGUGUGAGGGAUAGACGGCUACACUGCCAGCAUUGUUAUUGUACUGCUGAUGGAGAUCAGUGUUCCAGGGUUUAGAGCUCUAGGAAAACAUGAUAAGGUUCAUGUUGCCUUGGCAAAACUUGGAUGGAAUGGAGGCAGUGAUAGUGAUCCGGGAUUUAGAGCUCUAGCGUAAAGAGAUAGGGUGCACUUUGAUGUGGCCUGGACUUGAUGUAAUAAUGCAAAUCGCAUCACGUGCACCUCAUUUUAGAAUUUUAAAGUUUUGAAAGCUAGGAAAUGGAGAUAAGGUGAAGAUUGACCUGGCGAAAUACAUGAUCUGAAAUUUGAAGCUCUAAUAUGAAGAGAUAGAGUGCAGUUUAGUGUAGCAUAGAAUUGAAAAGGCUACGGACACUGCUGCAUCACGGAUUGAAACUAGUGUUCCAGGAAUUAGAGCUCUAAUGCCAAGCAAGAAAGUGUAAUUUGAACUAG